AUGGAUAAAAACGAGAAGCAAGAACAACUUGUCCGAUCAGACUGCUACUCUCCAAGACGAUUGCACGAUAGCCCAACCAAAUACAAUUUUCCUGGUGACAGGUUUAUUCCAAAUAGAAGUCUGAUGAAUCUCGAUCAAGCCCACAGUUUGUUGACAAAUAGGACCAAACUAGUUCCCCAUCUCACUUUAAAUGAAGCAUACCAACAGAAGUUGACGGAGAAUAUAAAUUCAGACGCAGAAGGGAGACCAUUUAAGAUGUUGGUUUUCAGCGGAAGUCCAAAAUCGAAUAGAAAUUCAAUUAAUCAUAUUGAUCAGAUGCGACGAGAUGAUGCAGAAGCAUUGAGAAUUAGUAAUCCAAACCAAAAUCAGUGUCUCCGACGCUUGCCUAAGAGGGAAAUGAGGACAUUGGAUGCACCAAAUAUAAAAGAUGACUACUAUAUGAAGAUCAUAGACUGGGGAAACAACAAUGUUCUUGCUGUUGCGUUGGGACAAGCAGUUUAUCUAUGGAAUGCAGAGAAUAGUAAUAUUUUAAAGCUGUUGGAAGUUGAUGGUGUAAAUGAUUACCCAACUAGCAUAGCUUGGUCUGAGGAUAACAGAAGUUUAGCUGUUGGAUUUAUGAAAUCUAAACUUCAGAUUUGGGACACUAAGACAUCCAAAUGUAUUCGACAAAUGGAUGGUCACACGGAUAGGAUAGCAGCCCUCGCCUGGAAUGGUCAUACUCUAACAUCAGGAAGCCAGGACACAACUAUUUUGAAUCAUGAUGCUAGAGCGCGAAACAGUACAACUUGCAGUAUUGUAGCACAUACAUCAGAAGUCUGUGGAUUGAAAUGGUCAGAAGGAAAUUUAUUAGCAAGUGGCGGAAAUGAAAAUAAAAUAUACAUAUGGGAAGCUUCUAAAAUGAGCUCAUCUAGUUUCUUGCACAAAUUUGAUGAUCAUCGCUCUGCAGUGAAAGCUCUUGCUUGGUGCCCUUAUCAAUAUAAUGUACUUGCUUCAGGAGGGGGUGCUAACGACGGGUGUAUUAAGAUAUGGAAUCUACAGAAAGGAUCGUGUAUUACCAACAUCGACACUAAAGCACAGGUUUGUGCUCUAGAAUGGAACAGACAUCACAAGGAGAUAUUGAGUGGACAUGGCUAUAGUCUGGGUGGACUGCAAGACAGUCUGUGCUUGUGGAAGUACCCUGGUUUGAGUAAGGUGGGAGAGAUACAUGGUCAUAGCAACAGAGUUGUUGGCCUUUCUCAGAGUCCUGAUGGCUUAACUGUUGUAUCGGCUGGAGCGGAUCAAACACUACGCUUUUGGGAGAUAUUUGGACCACCUUCUACUGUAAACUCUAACCUCUCAAAUCUGCAGAACCUUCUGUCUCUCAAGACUUCCCCCAUAAGAUGAUACCUCUUGUACUCUGCUUCAAUUUAUUCUAUUGUUGUGCAAAUAAACAAGAGUAUGAUGGAUUUUUUUUUUCUUUUAAUUUAUUGGUGAUACAAAAACCUCAGAUUGUUCUUAGUUGAUAGGUUUGAACUUUACAAUCUUACAACACGGAUCUCUAUAUUUAGUACUUUCAAUUCCAAGAUACAAAGUGAUGCAUUUGAGAGAAAAAAAACUCACAACGUUUUCCGAAUUAUUGUAAUCUACAAUGGUACUGAUUAGUCAGCCUCGGAUUCAUCAUUUUCACUGUCCACGAUCAUCUCUACAUCAUCACUACUUGGCAUGUCGUCCUCAUCUUCUUCUUUUUUCCUCCUAUCUUCUUCCUCUCUCUCUGCAACUUUCUUUUUAGCAGCUUCAAGUCUUUCACUGACUGCAUCCCAUGAUACAAGCUUCU